UUAUCCCCUUUUCUUGGAAUUUACAAGCUUAAUCAACCGAGAGGAAAAAAAUCUGCGUAGAAAUCUUGUUACUAUCUACUCUAUACUGAAAUUACUUUCUGUGUAGUUUUCCUCGUAUCAAAGGUUAUACCACCAUCUCUCUGGUAUCAGGUAUGUUGAGUUUCGUUUGUUCAACAGGUGGUCGUCUGAUAUAGUUCAUCGUCUGUAAAACCAGUUAUAAAUAGUCUGUGUUUCAGUUGUAUGUUCCUUCCAAGUUUUGUUCUGGGUUUCUAAUGUUUUGAGACUGGUCUUGAUUUAACUGUAUGUUUGAUCAUCUCAUAUGUUCAUGAAGAUGGACCUUCGGGUUUUGUAAUCCAGACAAAAAUAACGCAGGUUUAACUGUAGAGCUGUAUAGAACAUCUCAGUCUUCACGAGUUUUACUUAAUUACAACGCAUAUGCUCAUUUCUUUAGAAGCUUUUCGAGUUGGAAUUGGCUUGAGCCAUUUUUAAUAACAUGUACUCCUACAAUAAGGCCAAAGCACCUCUUCUUGAUGGUUCUCUUAUUGGUUUAGAUUUCUGAGCAGAAGCAGCAUAAAUAGCAUAGUGGUGUUGCAGUUUAAAUGGCAGUAUCAGCUGAUUACAAAGUUAGGUUUCCUGAAAGUGAUGAUCUUUACUCUAUACUAGCAACUGAAGGGAUUGAGUUCCUUUUGUCGCAUAGUGGAGAGGUGCCGUUGGAGUAUAUUCAUGGGAAGACGAUUUGUCUCUUCUUCUCUGCAAACUGGUGCAGGCCUUGCAAGGACUUCACUCCAGAGCUGGUAAAACUCUACGGGAAUCUUCAGAAUCGAGGAGAAGAACUCGAGAUCAUCUUUGUCUCAUUUGAUCAUGAUAUGACUUUAUUCUAUGAACACUUCUGGUGCAUGCCAUGGCUUGCAGUUCCUUUCAAUUUAAGUCUACUCUACAAAUUAAGGGACAAGUACAGAAUUUCUCGUAUCCCGUCACUGGUUCCUCUAUAUUCAGAUGAUAUCUUAGUCGCUGAGGAUGUAAUUGGUCUAGUAGAAGACUAUGGUCCUGAGGCAUUUCCUUUUACUAAAAAGAGAAAAGAAGAACUCAAAGCCAUCGAUGACUCCAAACGCGUUGGAGGACAGUUGGAGAAACUCCUUACACACGAGUCCCGAAACUACGUUGUUUCCAGAAAUGGAAGUAAGGUGCUAGUUUCUAAACUUGUGGGAAAGACCAUAGGGUUGUACUUUGGUGCACACUGGUGUCCGCCUUUUCGAUCUUUCACUGCUCAGCUCAUAGAUGUAUACAAUGAGCUUGCGACCACAGAAAAAGGCUCCUUUGAAGUCAUCUUAGUUUCAACAGACAGAGACUCGAGAGAGUUUAACAUCAACAUGACCAACAUGCCAUGGCUUGCAAUACCUUAUGAGGACAGAACAAGACAAGAUCUUUGUAGAAUCUUCAACAUCAAACUCAUACCUGCAUUGGUCAUCAUAGGACCGGAAGAGAAAACGGUGACCACAUACGCGAGAGAGAUGGUAUCGUUGUAUGGAUUCAGGAGUUUUCCGUUCACGGAAUCAAGGAUUGCUGAGUUAAAAGAUUGUUUGAAGAAAGAAGGUGAUUCGUUUCCAAAGAAAGUGAAAGAUAAGAAGCAUGAACAUGAGCUAAAGCUGGAUAUGGCGAAAGCGUAUGUGUGUGAUUUCUGUAAGAAACAAGGUAGGUUUUGGGCAUUUUCUUGCUAUGCUUGCGAUUAUGAUCUUCAUCCUACAUGCGUGGAAAAACAAGAAGCAUCGUUGGUUUAGCAAAAGAGAUAGUCGUCGUGAUUUGUCUGAAUGAUAUUGUAAUAUUUAGUAAAGAAUAGAAGAUUUGAUAUGUUCUGAAAGUCAAUGGACACCUACUAUGUUCUUCAUUUUUGUUGUUGUUGUCAAGCAAAACUCAAAACAGAGUUAGGAAUUUACUAGGAUCAAUAUUAUUUGUAAUUGUA